GUUGAUUUCCAGAUUUGUUGCAUUGCGGACAGCCUUUGGAUAUUCUUACUCCUGAACAGAUAAAAUAAUUACAUUUAAAAAAACAAAAAACAUACCUACUUACGAACAUAUUUAAAGGAUUGCUAAAUUGCGUGCAAUACAUUAAUUUAAACUUUAAAAGUAUACAUUUAAUUUUUUUACUUGAAAAUAAAUUUUUACCAAUCCAAAAAUAAAAUGAGGGAAUGUAUUUCAGUACACAUUGGUCAGGCUGGCGUACAAAUUGGUAAUGCCUGUUGGGAACUCUACUGUUUGGAACAUGGCAUCCAGCCUGAUGGUCAAAUGCCAUCUGAUAAGACAAUUGGAGGUGGAGAUGAUUCAUUCAAUACUUUCUUUAGUGAAACUGGUGCGGGUAAACAUGUUCCACGUGCUGUGUUCGUUGAUUUGGAACCAACUGUAGUUGAUGAGGUACGCACCGGUACUUAUCGUCAACUUUUCCACCCUGAGCAAUUAAUCACUGGAAAAGAAGAUGCUGCCAAUAAUUAUGCUCGUGGUCAUUAUACAAUUGGUAAGGAAAUUGUGGAUUUGGUUCUCGAUCGUAUUCGGAAGCUUGCUGACCAAUGUACCGGAUUACAAGGUUUUCUUGUAUUCCAUUCCUUUGGCGGUGGAACUGGAAGUGGUUUUACUUCUUUGCUCAUGGAACGUCUCUCGGUUGACUAUGGAAAGAAGUCUAAAUUGGAAUUUUCCAUUUAUCCUGCUCCUCAGGUAUCAACAGCUGUCGUUGAGCCAUACAAUUCUAUAUUGACUACCCACACGACUCUUGAACAUUCGGAUUGUGCUUUUAUGGUUGAUAAUGAAGCGAUCUAUGACAUCUGUCGUCGCAACUUGGAUAUUGAGCGACCCACGUACACAAACUUGAAUCGUUUAAUUGGUCAAAUAGUGUCAUCGAUUACGGCAUCUUUGCGCUUCGAUGGGGCCCUAAAUGUCGAUUUGACUGAGUUCCAGACAAACUUGGUGCCAUAUCCUCGUAUACAUUUCCCAUUGGCUACGUAUGCUCCUGUUAUUUCGGCCGAGAAGGCAUAUCACGAACAGUUGACUGUGGCUGAGAUAACGAAUGCAUGCUUCGAACCGGCCAAUCAGAUGGUUAAAUGUGAUCCUCGUCAUGGAAAGUACAUGGCAUGCUGCAUGUUGUAUCGUGGUGAUGUUGUGCCAAAGGACGUGAAUGCCGCUAUUGCUACCAUUAAAACUAAACGUUCAAUUCAGUUUGUUGACUGGUGCCCUACUGGAUUCAAAGUUGGAAUUAAUUACCAACCACCAACCGUUGUACCAGGUGGCGAUUUGGCCAAAGUACAACGUGCUGUCUGCAUGUUGUCCAACACCACAGCAAUUGCAGAGGCAUGGGCACGUUUGGAUCACAAGUUUGAUUUAAUGUAUGCAAAACGUGCAUUUGUACAUUGGUACGUGGGCGAAGGUAUGGAGGAGGGUGAAUUUUCCGAAGCUCGUGAAGAUUUAGCUGCUUUAGAAAAGGAUUACGAAGAAGUUGGCAUUGACUCUGCCGAAGGCGAAGUAGGUGAAGGUGACGAAUACUAAAUGUUCGAUCAUAGCAACUAUUCAAAUAUAUAUUAAAGCGUAAUAUAUAGAUGUUAAUAGUUUUGAUUACUGAAACAUUUAAGUGGAAUGGACACUGAUAUGAAUGAACCUGGAUUACGAAGAGCCCAAUUUUAAGAUAACAUAAAAAUAUGCACCUUUACCAUGUAUCCGUUUGCUAUAUUGUCUGCAACAUUCUCUAAAUUUUGUUAUUAACCAAGAAUUUAUUAAUAAACUUUUUUUAAUUGUAAGAUUUUUUACAAAUUUCACAA